GUUAUGCAGCGGUGUUGAAUAAAAUGCUGCCGGUGCAUGUGCGCAGCUUGAUGAAUCGUUCGCUGAUGAUGCUCCACUGCUACUGUCGGGCUUCCACGUGAUACCACUUGAUGCCAAGACGGAUGCACCAUCAGCAACACGUACACCAGACCUUGCAUCUACUCUUGAGGUUAAGGUUAGACCUGGUGUGCUCCUAGUGAUGCAUCCGGCAAUAGAAGAUGAGUACUUACCAGUGCUUUCCAGUUCUCAUAUGAGAAACACCUUCGAGAGAGUGUUGCGGCAGUGGCGAGGGAGUAUGUGAGGACUGUGGUGGCACGGUGCAGAGAGUGGCCAUGGCAGUAGCCCCUUCUGGUCCUGGUGGACAGAGUGAAAUGAAGAACCCUCCAGGAUCUCCUGAUGCUCCCAUGCUUGCAAGGUUUCACACUGGAGCGGAACUCCUUUGCACGGACUCUCAGAGUGCGGACGCUUCCCUGAAAGCGCUGUGGCAGGACUCGGAUUCAAUCAUUUGCUGUUCCCUGAAGGCUGCUCCUGUGUUCAGCUUCGCUAAUCAGGUCGGCCUCGACAUGUCGGAGGCGAUGCUGAUUGCUCUCCAGGUUGCCCAAGAUCAUGCAUCAGGGUUUCGCGUACCUCCCCGGCGGCGUGUGCGUGUCGAGCAGGGGUAGGAAGGUCAUUUAGCUGCUGGAAGUUUGAUCUCCUGUAGGGCGGACGGAGCGAGAAGACUGACCGAUGGAGGUUCUAGCGCUGCUUGGUCUUUGAAAGCGCUGAUUGUUAUAGCCGAUGAUGCAUCAUAAAAGUGCCUGUUGGCUGGUUCAAGUGUCGGAGGCCGGUGGUAUUGAACCGGUGAACUAGUGUUGAUAUCCAUGCCAAUUGUGACGAAGACUCAGGUGGCCGGAAAGAAGCGCUGUGUUCUCCAUCUCAGUGUAUAUUUGGCGUCGCGCUGGGUUCCUCUUGCUACCAAGUUUAGUCUUAGGUUUUGUGAGAAAUGCAGUUUAAUGAUGACC